AUGGAAGCGAAUGCAUCUGUUGACAUGUUUUCAAAAGUCCUAGAGAAUCAGUUGCUUCAAACCACCAAACUAGUGGAAGAACAUUUGGAUUCGGAAAUUCAGAAACUAGAUCAGAUGGAUGAGGAUGAAUUGGAACGCCUCAAAGAAAAGAGACUCGAGGCUCUGAAGAAAGCUCAACAGCAGAAACAAGAAUGGCUUUCAAAAGGACACGGGGAAUACAGAGAAAUCCCUAGUGAAAGAGACUUUUUUCAAGAAGUCAAGGAGAGUAAAAAAGUGGUUUGCCACUUCUACAGAGACUCCACAUUCAGGUGUAAAAUACUAGACAGACAUUUGGUGAUAUUGUCCAAGAAACAUCUUGAGACCAAAUUUUUGAAACUGAAUGUGGAAAAAGCACCUUUCCUUUGUGAGAGACUGCGUAUCAAAGUCAUUCCCACACUAGCACUGGUGAAAGAUGGCAAAACACAGGAUUUUGUUGUUGGAUUUUCUGACCUAGGAAAUACAGAUGACUUCACCACAGAAACCUUGGAGUGGAGGCUGGGUUGUGCUGAUAUUCUUAAUUACAGUGGAAAUUUAAUGGAGCCACCAUUUCAGAGCCAAAAGAAAUUUGGAACAAACUUCACAAAGCUGGAAAAGAAAACUAUUCGAGGAAAGAAAUAUGAUUCAGACUCUGAUGAUGAUUAG